AUGGAUAGACUAAUCUUUACGUACAUGUUUAUUUGUUUCAAAGCGAAGCGUCCGAUGGUGUUCUUCGCUUUAGUUUACUGCAUUCACAGAAAUUCUUUUGUUUUAUACAGAACUUUUGGGAAAGGCAUGAGUUGGUUAAAAGAGAUAUGCGAACGAUUGUUUCAUUGGAGUAAUAUCACAUACAUUGCAAAUAGUUACGGUGAAGACAUCUGGAUCUCCAUUAAAUCAAAUGAUUUGGAACUACAUGUAGCUAGUAUAGGAUUAGAUGCUAUGGAAUCACAAGUAACGAGGUUGUGUGAUCUUAAACUGAUCAAGACAUCAGAGAUCGGCUGGAUCAAAUUAACAUCUGGCAACAUUCAUAAACAUAAUCGAAGCUCUAAAACAGAAAGAAUAACAAUCGUAUGCACGGAUACACUAAAAAAAGCUCUUGCAGCUGUGGCUGCAGUAUCGAACAACGUGUCUGAUGCAGUAACAGGAGACGUCGACUUGGUUCUAGUGCUCAACUACCAAAUACAACAAAAUUAUUCUUAUAUUGUGACUAGCAACGGCGAAUUUUUGCAGCAGAAAUAUGGAAGCAACAAUUUAUUUCUUGAUUUUUUAAACAAAGAUCACAAUCCAGAAGAAACUAACUCGAACACUGCUGGCACAGAGCAGAAUGAAGAACAAACAAACUUGAAUAUUUCUGACACUUCUCCGAACUAGAUACGUGUAAACUUAUCUGCAAAACUUUCUCAACAUAGCAACUAA